UAGUCUGUAGUAACUAACACGGAGCGCGGCCUUCCGGUGACAGGCCGAGCGACAGGCACUUCCUCUUAUGGAAACUUACCCGCGUACUACCCCAGUGGUUAUUUAUUAGGCUCCUUGUCGGCUUGUUGAAACUUGCCCUUUUUUCUGUUCCUUCUCCCUCUCUUUUUUGUUCUUUCUCCCCUCGCCACGACGACCGCACACGAUGGCAAUACAAAAGGAACCUGGUCAAAAGGGCGUCAACUGGUCUAACAUUGCCGUCGGUGCUAUUAUGAACAUGUUCGAGGUCACUACCCUUGGUCAGCCUUUGGAGGUCCUCAAAACACAGAUGGCUGCCAACCGGAGCCAGACUAUGCUCGAGGCUACUAGGUCUGUAUGGGCGCGUGGCGGUGUCGCCGGCUUCUUCCAAGGCCUUAUUCCUUGGGCGUGGAUCGAAGCAUCAACCAAGGGAGCAGUCUUACUUUUCACCGCCUCCGAGAUCGAGGAUACCUGUGCAAGAAUGGGCGUCCAUCCGUUCUUUGCUGGCCUUGCAGGUGGCUGCGGCGGUGGGAUUGCUCAGGCUUACGCGACUAUGGGAUUCACGACCUGCAUGAAAACUGUCGAAAUUACUAGACAUAAGGAGGCUGCCGCUGGUGUGCAGCGCUCCACAUUCCAGGUAUUCAUGGACAUAUACCGCAAGGAGGGAAUCCGAGGUGUCAACAAGGGAGUCAAUGCUGUUGCCGUGCGGCAGUGCACUAACUGGGGCUCUCGUAUGGGCUUCGCUCGUCUGGCGGAAAAUUCCAUCCGUAAGGCUCGUGGCAAGGGUGAGGACGAAAAACUGGGUACUAUGGAUAAAAUCCUUGCUUCGACUAUCGGCGGUGCACUCGCGACGUGGAACCAGCCCAUCGAGGUUGUCCGCGUCGAGAUGCAGUCUAUGGCCAAGGCGACCGAAAACGUCAAUCGUCCGCAGAAGCUCACAGUCUUCAAUACGCUCGCCUUCAUCUACAAGGAGAAUGGUAUCAAGGGUCUAUAUCGUGGUGUAACGCCACGUAUAGGCCUCGGCAUUUGGCAAACCGUGUGCAUGGUCUCCUUUGCUGAUUAUGUGAAGGCUUGGGUUAAGGGGCGUCAAUGAGGGAUUUUAGACAGCAUGGUUUAUAAUUUAAUAUCCAUAGAGAUAUCUUCGGUUGAGCCUAAUAGAACUCGUUUAUGAUUUCCAGUUUCCUUGUCGCUGGCAGUCUGCACCGUACAAUUGUACAGUAGAAACUCAAACAGACUACCAUAGACACCGGCGACGCAUUGACCGCUGAUGCACUGAUGAAAUUGAUCCUCCAAGUAGCGAGCAGUGCCUCGAUGGUGA